UAGGCUUAACAUGGAGUCUUCACAUGUUCUUUGUAACCCUAAUACUCCACUUGCUGCUGCUUCUUCUUCGUCUUCUUGUAAAAAUAAGCACACUGGUAAUGAUAUUGAGCCACUCGAUCUUUUUCCUGGCUCCACUAGUUAUAGUUCUAUUGAGCCUAUGCCAUUGUUAAGCUCUUUAAUCAGCUCUGAAGAACACGCACUCAGUAGUGAAAACCCUAAUGGAGAAAAAGAGGAUGUUACUGUGGCGUUACACAUUGGCCUUUCAGAUUAUUAUUGUCAAAGCUCAAUUUCAAAUACUAAAGUUAAUGCCAAUGGAGCUGCUAAACAAUAUUGGAUACCAACUCCUGAACAAAUACUCAUUGGUUUCACUCAUUUUUCUUGCCAUGUCUGCUUUAAGACCUUCAACCGCUACAACAAUCUUCAGAUGCAUAUGUGGGGUCAUGGAUCCCAGUAUAGAAGAGGACCCGAUUCUUUGAAGGGAACACAGCCACGAGCCAUGCUAGGGAUUCCAUGUUACUGCUGUGCAGAAGGGUGCAAGAACAACAUACAAAACCCAAGAGCUAAGCCUCUUAAAGAUUUUCGAACAUUGCAAACUCAUUACAAAAGGAAACAUGGACAUAAACCAUUUAUGUGUAGAAAAUGUGGCAAGUUUUUGGCUGUGAAAGGUGAUUGGAGAACCCAUGAGAAAAACUGUGGCAAACGUUGGCUUUGUAUUUGUGGUUCGGAUUUUAAGCACAAGAGAUCACUCAAAGAUCAUAUUAAGGCAUUUGGCUCUUCUGGUCAUGCCCCUUUUCCUCCUCCAUCAUCAUCGUUUGAAGGCUUUGGGCUAUUAAUUUGAUGGGGAAAUUCUUACCUAAACCCGGUUCAUGAGAAAUUCAUGGACCAAGCCAAUCAAAUGCUAGAAAUAUAACGUAUUUUUCUCUCACUUCACAUUUUGCUAGCAUUUGAUUGGUUUGGUCCAUAAAUUUCACAUGAACUGGAUCUAGGUUAGAAUCUCCCUAUUUGAUGAUCCCUUUUAUCUUUUGUUUAGGAAACAUGCAUCAAUUUGGAGGCUAUGUCAUGUAUUGUUGCCCUAUAUUA